AUGCUGGCUGAAACCUACAAGACAUUAUCAGAUGAUAUUAAAUCAAAAUUUGAUAUUGUUUUCGUCUCAAGUGAUCAGGAUCAGGCGUCCUUCGAUGAAUAUUUUCACCAGGAAAUGCCAUGGAAAGCAAUACCGUAUGAAGAUCGUGAUCGUAAAAACAAGCUUAGUAAACAAUACAAAAUUCGAGGUAUUCCAUCGUUAAUUGUUCUGAAACCGGACGGUAGUGUUUUGACAGAAAACGGUAGAGAUGAAUUCACUGCAGCAAAGGCUGCUGUUAUCGAAAAAUGGAUUAAAGGGGAAACAUUGUACUGGUCACGCAAACCGAAGGAUGACAGUGAAUACGUUUGGAAGACAGGAGAAGAUGAUGGCGAUGCAGUUGCAUGUGAACAGUGUUUUAUGAAGCCAAUUGUUGGUGAUCGAUUUAGAUGUACGGAAAAGGAUUGUGAUAAAGAUUUGUGUAAUGAAUGUACUGAGAAAAAUGUCCAUAAUGAACAUGGAAGAGAAAAAUUAAUCAAAUAUUUAAUUCCAAAACGACAUUAUUCGUUAAAAGAAUUGCUGGGUGACGGACAAGUUCUCAUACGUACCAACAGUGGAAAGGAUCGUCUACCAGUUGCUGAUGCUAUCAAAGAUAAGAAAGCGAUUGGUCUCUAUUUCUUUGCACAUGGCUAUCCACCGUCUCAUCAGUUCACUCGGAAAUUAGCUGAGAUUUACAGGCAAAUGUCUGAUAGUGCUGAAACAGCAUACUCAUUUGAUAUUAUUUCAGUCUCACUCGAUUGCAACGAUAAAGAAUUACUUGAAGAGUAUUUGCAAAAUGUGCCAUGGAAAACAGUGCCGUUCGAUGAAGCAGGACAAGUAUUGAAACUACACAGCUAUUUCAACAUAGUUGACUUACCAUCGUUGAUCGUACUAGACUCUAAAGGUGAAAUACUGGCAAAGAACGGGUCUAAAGCAAUUGAUCGCUUAAAAUUAGAAGCAGUUGAAGUGUGGAGCAAAGGUGAGAAAAUUCAAACACCACUACCACCUACUCCACCAGAAGAAUUCAUCUGGUCAAGCAUUAGCUGUGAUGGUUGUAAAACAUUUCCACUCGUUGGCUUAAGGUAUCAAUGUAAACAGUGUUUAGCGGAUGGUAAAGCAAGGUAUUCAUAUGAUCUGUGUAAAGCAUGUAAAGAAAACGGACAUGAACAUCAAGUAGAAUUAGUACCACAACCAUUGGAUGAAGGCAAUCAAGAAGAAGAAGAUUAA